AUUUCCUGUAGUUGUGAUUUUCUCUCCAGUGGAGAGAAAGAAAAAGACAGACUGUAAAAGUGAAGAAGAAGAAGAAGAAGAAGAAGCCUACAGGAGGGUUUUGGGUUAGCCAGUUAAAACUCUCUGCCACACAGGACUUUGGCUUGUGUGCAAAGACUGAUGUUGAAGUGAGGAUCUCCUCUGCUUCUCUCUGUGAAAGGAUCUACUGAUGAAGAUUGGUGCAGGGAGGUGCUGGCCUCCGAUGGGUGCUGCCUGUGUUCAGCUCCUGUUGGCUGCCACCCUGUGGAUGCUGCCUGACAUGGCUGCCACCCUGUGGAUGAUGCCUCACAUGGGAGCAGCUGCUGCUGCUGCUGCUGCUGCUGCAGAGCCGCUCAACAUGACCCGGGCUGGAGCUGAGAUGUGGUCAGACUUCAGGAUGCCCACUGGAGCUGCCAGCAGACGGAAAAGAGCCAUUUCAUCCAGAGAGAUUAACGCUCUGCUGGAUUACCACAACCGAGUCCGCUCUCAGGUCUUCCCACCCGCCGCUAAUAUGGAGUUCAUGCUCUGGGAUGAGGGACUUGCUGAGUCAGCCGACUCCUGGGCUUCACGAUGCGUUUGGGAUCACGGUCCGACACAAGUCAUGAGAUACAUGGGCCAGAACCUGUCAGUCACUUCAGGAAGGUACCAGUCCAUCACUGAUCUGGUCCAGUCCUGGUACGAGGAGAGGCAUCACUUCUCCUUCCCGAACAGAUGCAGCGGAUCGGUGUGCUCUCACUACACUCAGAUGGUGUGGGCGAGCACCAACAGAGUGGGAUGUGCCGUCAGGAAGUGCUCUAACAUGUACGUGUUCGGGAGCACCUGGAGGGAGGCGACACUGCUGGUCUGCAACUACUCUAUAAAGGGAAACUGGGUGGGAGAGGCGCCCUAUAAGAGCGGUAAGCCUUGUUCCGUCUGUCCGUCCAGCUACGGCGGCUCCUGCUGGAGAAACCAAUGCUCACCAAACAGAAAGCCCCAAAGACUCGCAAGAAAUUAACACAACACAGGGUUUUUAAAUGUGUUUUUAAUGUUAGACAGAGAAAAAAUAAAAAGUCAUAAUCCAUGUAAAGUCAAGUUUUACCAACAUGAGGGCUACAUAAGAAAAUGAUGCAGCUGUCCAGUUACCACUAUGUUCCAAUGAAAUCUUAAUUAAUGAAUGUUUUACACACGUUAAUGUAGUGGUAUAAAUGUUUUGUUUUUAUCGCUGAUGGUUACUAACAAAAUAAUAUUGAAAACAAAAGAAGCAAUUUUCUUUUAUUGGGUGAAAUACUUUUAUACUUUUUGCACUUUUUUUUUUAUUGAUGAAUUUGUUGGUUUGAGUGACUUUGAGAGGCAUUGACCAAAAAAUGAAGCACUUUUUUUGUACAGAUUAUAUUUACUAUAACCUUGGAUGUGUUAUUGAUUCUCUUUCUAACCUAAAUUAAUAU